GAGCAGAUCAGUUUAAGCGACUCUUGAUUGUAACCGUAACGCAGUGAAUAUUUCACAAGUUGAUCAAUCUACUACCACCGUCAAACGUAUAUUUAUUUUUUAACCUAUUUGGCAACAGUGAGUUGAAAACAAUGGUCGUCUCGGGGUCAGUUUGGUGUUGGGCUCUUUUGACUUGCAUUUUAAUCUCUUUUUACAAUAUGUUGACGGCAUACGCUGAAAUAAGUUGGCCAGCGAGUUCCACGACGACGAACGUUUGGUUUAACCGUAUGGAUAAAUUGCCUCUGGAGCUGCGCGCAAACCUAAAAUCCGCAUGGGUCGAAGUCCCAAAGUAUAUCGACAAGGAAUCCACAUUUUCCAGAGAUUUUAGAAUGGAAACAAUUGAUGGAAAAGCCGUAGUUCCAAAAGGUGAGGAGAAAUUGCCAAAGGACUUGGACGGAGUUAUUGGGAAAGUGCCACCAGACGCUGUAUCUACUGUCAGAGAUCAAAAGGCGCCAAACCGUUCCAAGAAUUUUACUGCUGACAGCAAAAAGUCUGACAGUUCCUUUGAAGUUAAAGACGGUACAUUUGCUUCAAGUAACCGUACGAGGACAAAGCGAAGCACAUCAUUUGGCGAAUAUUCGGACAGGAGUCAAAUUGGAGGUCCUGGUGACGCAUUUUCAGCCGAGAAGCUUGUGGAGCCUUUACAAGGCGUUUACAGUUCGAGGACAGAAUACCGACGAACUGGGGAGGACGCAAGAACUAGCCCGAGGCAAAGUGAGCCGCUUCUGGUUACCUCCACUUUCCCUCUGUCCGGAGACUCUGCGCACAACCAGGCAAUGGGGCACUGGGUUGGAGAAAACAGCAGCGUGAUCCUGACCUUGACGAAGCAGUAUGACUUUAACUUGGGUGCUUUCACUGAGAGUUCUCUGUGGAGAUCAGUGGACUAUGGGAGCACUUACAUAAAACUGAAUAAAAAGGUUGGGUCAACCUUGGCCUGCCUAUACGUCUGCCCAACCAACAAGAGAAAGAUAAUGAUGCUUAGCGACCCUGAGCUGGAGCAAAGUGUACUCAUCAGCUCAGAUGAAGGUGCCAGCUUCGAGAAGUAUCCCAUUAACUUCUACAUGGACGGUCUGCUGUUUCAUCCAACUCAGGAAAACUGGCUACUGGCUAGCAGUCCUGACAACAAGGUUUACAGCACAAUGGAUUUUGGAAGAAAAUGGCAGUUGGUUAGUGAGAAUGUAACUCCUGGCCGGUUCUUCUGGGCACAAACUGGGCUAGACAGAGAGGCAGAUGUGGUCCACAUGGAGACCCACAUCGCCAAAGGACGUGCUCAGUAUGUUAAGUGCAGAGCUCAACGAUGCACAGAAUCAAACAGACAAUACCUGUUCCCGGGAUACAUAGACAAAAAUUCUCUGGUUGUUCAGGACAACUAUGUGUUUGUUCAGGUUACCAAGUCAGGGCAGGCGAGUUACUUUGUGUCCUAUAUGAGGGAAUCAUUUAAGCGAAUUCAGCUACCCAAAUACUGUCUUCCUAAGGACAUGCACAUCAUCAGUACAAAUGAGAAGCAGGUGUUUUCUGCUGUACAGGAGUGGAACCAGAAUGACACCUACAGCCUGUAUAUCUCAGACUCUCCAGGGGUCUACUUCACUCUGUCUCUAGAGAACCUCCGGACCAGAAGAGAGCCAGGCGGAAAUGUACUGGUCGACCUGUAUAAGGUGGAAGGAAUAAAUGGCAUAUUUCUAGCCAACAAAUUGGUGGGCCAUGAAGUGAAGACAUUCAUCACCUAUAACAAGGGUCAGACCUGGGCCCUUCUGCAAGCCCCCAACACUGAUGUGGCUGGAAACAGUCUGCACUGCAUCCUGCCAUUUUGUUCUCUGCAUCUGCACCUGGAUACGCCAGUGAACCCUUACCUGCCUGGACGCAUCUUUAGCAUGGACUCAGCACCUGGGAUCAUUGUAGCUACAGGCAACAUUGGUACAGAGCUGUCCUCCGCUAACCUUGGAAUGUUUAUAACAUCUGAUGCUGGAAAUAGCUGGAGACAGAUUUUUGAAGAAGAACUCGGUGUUUGGUUUCUUGACAAUGGAGGUGCUUUAGUUGCAGUUUCUUUAGUUGCAACAGUACCCAUCCGGCACGUAUGGGUAAGUCUGGACGAGGGUAAGAAAUGGGAUCGCCACAGUUUCUCUCUGGCUCCUUUGUUUCUGGAUGGAGUUCUCAUGCAGCCAGAGAAUCACAUCAUCACUUUCACUGGACACUUAAGCCGUGUUUCAGAAUGGCAGCUGAUAAAGAUUGACUACAAAGCCAUCUUUAGCAGGAGAUGCAUGGAUGGAGAUUAUCAGACUUGGCACCUACAUAACAAGGGAGAGCCAUGUGUGAUGGGAGAGAAGCAGACCUUUAUGAAACGGAGGCCGGGUAACCGCUGUAUGCUGGCCCAGGACUACUCCCGAGUCAUAUCCUCAGAACCAUGCAUCUGCAGGACAUAUGAUUUUGAAUGUGAUUAUGGGUAUGAACGUCAAGCCGAUGGAAAGUGUACCCCUGCUUUUUGGUUCAACCCAAGCACUGUGACAAGAAGCUGUAGCACUAGCCAUAACUACCUCAACAGCACAGGGUACAGAAAGGUUUUGUCCAAUAAUUGCAAAGAGGGAGGGAAGGAUGUGUACUCCCCCAGGAAACAGCAUUGUUCCCCCAGGCCUCCCAGAGGCCUCAGACUGACUACCAGCCAGGGAGAGCUCACCGCCACCGUGGGCAGUAAUGUCACCUUCCUGGUGUAUCUGGACGAUGGAAACUCGUUGUGGACUUAUAUCCAGCUAGACUUUGGGGACGGCAUCACUUUCAUGUACAACCUGAGCCGGAGAGGUGAUGGAAUCAAACACAGCUAUAGAGAAGAUGGGAUCUUCAGAGUGACAGCACAUGCAGAGAACAGCCAGGGUUAUGACAUUAGCUCCCUGUUCCUACACAUCACCAGCCCAGUGGAGCGUGUGUAUCUCUCAGCUCCUAUUGUUGCCAUCCGGAAGAAAGAAGCUAACCUAACGGCUGUGGUCUGGCCUGUCCACCACAGAACACUCACCUUCUUCUGGUGGUUUGAAAACAGCUCCGAGCCCUUAAUAACCUUGGAUGGAAGCAUCUCGUACACGUUUUGGAAGGAGGGCAUGAACAGGAUCAUGGUCCAAGUGUCUUCUGGGUGCAACAUACUGCAGGAUACCAAGGUCAUCAUUGUCAAAGAUUUCUUCAAAUCCCUGCUGUUAUCGUUCUCUCCGGCUUUGGACGAGCACAACCCUGACAUCCCAGAGUGGAGAGAGGACGUGGGCCGCGUGGUGAGGACAGCUGUAUCACAGGUUUCUGGAUUUCCAGAGGAACGGCUGUUGGUAUCGUUGUUUCCAGGUGUUCCAACAACAGCAGAACUAUUUAUCCUGCCUGAGACACAGUUGCCUGAACAUGGGAAGCAGAACAAAGAGGACUUAGUGAGUAUAUCAAACCUUGUUAUAAAUGCCCUGAACCACGGAUUGGUCCAGUUUGAGUUGAAAGCUGACACUCAAAUAAUUGUUUACAUCACACAGCUAACUUUGGCACCUCUGGUUUACUCCAACCCUAUUCACAGUAGCUCAGUCAUGCUGAUGUUGCUGUCUGUGGUGUUUGUUGGUUUAGCUGCGUUUUUCAUCUUCAAGUUGAAAAGGAAAAUCCCUUGGAUCCAUGUCCAGGCUGAGGAGAACCAGGAAAAGGAGCCGGAGAUGAUUGGCACGGUCGGGCAGAACAAUACCAUGUCCAAGAUGAAGCUCAGUGAGUUCCCCACAGAGAAGGAACUCAUGGAGAAAGAACUGAAGACCAGGAGCAGAGGAGAAUAUGGAAGAAAUGGGGAGAGAGUGAUCACAAGAGAAUUUCCUACCUGUACUAAUGUCUAAGAAAUUAGAUUUUGAGUACUGUAAGUACAGAUUGUGGUGUUUCAAUGUGCCAAUUUAAAAAAAUCUUUGUUUUCACCAUUUACUUUGGUCGCUGAGAACUGCUACUAAAUAUGUAUUUCACAAGACUUUAGAAAUCUACUAUAUAGCAGGAGAAUAUAUUAUUUUGUGUAUAUACAUUAUUUCAGCAUUGAAGAAUUGUAAUUUGACAUCUAUGGAUGUUGUAUUAGGCAUUAGAAAAUGCCAUUGUUGAACAAAUAUAUUGUGUUCUUAAGUGCCAGAUUGCAUUGCUAAUUAAUUAUUUAGCUCAACAUGGUUAUCUCACGGAUGUUCUCUUGAUAAUGACAACUGCAUCUAUUGUUCUAUUGCACAGGGGAGGUGGAAUGUAGGUAAUAAGACAAAAGGCAUACUAUACUGAACAAAAAUAUAAAUGCAACACGCAACAGUAUCAAAUCAAAUGAUAUUUGUCACAUGCGCCAAAUACAACAGGUGAAAUGCUUACUUACAAGCUCUUAACCAAUAAUGCAGUUCAAUAAAUACGGUACUUAUAAGGAAUUACAGUUCACAUAAGGAGUUACAGUUCAUGUAAGGAAAUCAGUCAAUUGAAAAUAAUUCAUUAGGCCCUAAUAUGUGGAUUUCACAUGACUGGUCAGGGGUGCAGCCAUGGGUGGGCCUGGGAGGGCACAGGCCGACCCACUUGGCAGCCAGGCCCACCCACUGGGGAGCCAGGCCCAGCCCAUCAGAAUUAAUUUUCCCCCACAAAAAAGGCUUUAUUCCAGACACUUCUCAGCACAGGUGAAGAUGCCGGAUGUGGAGGUCCUGUGCUGGCGUGGUUACAGGUGGUCUGCAGACGUGAGGCCGGUUGGACAGACUGCCAAAUUCUCUAAACAACGUUGGCGGCAGCUUAUGGUAGAGAAAUUAACAUUAAAUUAUCUGGCAACAGCUCUGGUGGACAUUCCUGCAGUCUGCGUGCCAAUUGCACGCUUCCUUUAAAACUUGAGACUGUGGCAUUGUUUAGUGUGAAAAACUGCACAGUUUAAAGUGGCCUUUUAUUGUCCCCAGCACAAGGUGCACCUACGUAACAAUCAUGCUGUUUAAUCGGCUUCUUGAUAUGCCACACCUGCCAGGUGGAUGGAUUAUCUCGGCAAAGGAGAAAUGCUCACUAACAGGAAUAUAAACACAUUUGUGCACAGAAUGUGAGAGAAAAUAAGCUUUUUGUGCAUAUGGAACAUUUCUGGGAUCUUUUAUUUCAGCCCAUGAAACAUAGGACCAAAACUUUAUAUGUUGUGUUUAUAUUUUUGUUCAGUGUACAAAUCAGUGUGGCUGCUUGCUAAACAAUCUCCGGACUACAGUUGAGGCUAUUAGGAUGUGUACAGGGUGAUACAAAACAUGUAGGCCUACAUUUUUUCUUAAACUGACCAUUCAAAAAGCUUGGUACAUUGAACAGAGUUUGUAUUAUUUAUUAGCCUACUGCUCAUUUUACAAUAAGUACAAUAAUAUUGUUCACCUUUUCUAGCAUGUCAUCAUUCACUUUUUAGCAGUAACAUGUAAGAUAAUACGAAGAAGUAAGCAAGUGUUGAUCAUGGUGAUUUUAAGAUUAGUCAAACUAUUAAACUGUUUCUAAAACAUUUGUCUGAUGGUCUUGUUGAACAUGUAGCAAACGUUGCUGUAGCGCAUGAGCUGUACUGUAUUGUUCAUUUUGUUAGCUGAGCUAAUAUUUUCGUUUUUACUUCACCAUUUCUUACUGUAAACAAAAUACAAUUUUCAAAUUGUUCAAAAUAAAUGUAUUUUUGUAUGAAAGUAUGUUGUUGUUUUUUGUGUGUUUUUUUUUUACAUAUAUUGACGGAGAUGAAAACAAAUAUUUAAAGGAAACUAACCUUAAGUUCCAAGCUUUUACGUUCUCCAUAAGCACAGAUUCUGAGAAUCAAGUGUCUGGGUUCGCAAGACUUUAACGAAACCAGCAUAAUUAUCAUGACCAAUGCUUCAUGUUAUUCACCAUGGUUCGGGGAUAGUCUACCAUGUAAUAACUAUUUGCCACAGAAGUGAUAGAGAAACAAAGCUAUUUCCAUGAAAUAAUGUAUGCAUGUUGUCUGUCUGUACUGUCAUGGGGACAGCCUCUAACACAAACACCCCCCAGCUUCCUGAAUCUUUGUUUCACUAUUACCCCCAAAGGUAUUGCAGAGUGAAUCCUGGCUGGAACACAUAUUCCUUGUAUCUGCCAACUAAGGCUAGACAUGCACACACGCACAUGGACAUGCACACACACACAAACACUUCCUUGUUAUUCAUCAUAGGCCCUGAAGUUAUCGCUUUUUGCCAGAAGUAUGAUAAGUUUGUGUGAGAUUUCAUUCCCCUGACAUUGAAGUAAUAUUUGGCUCUAAACCAGUGCAUUUCUUUCUCUCCCCCCACCCCGUCUCUAUUUCUCUCUCUUUACUUUUUUUGUGUCAAUAUUUCAACACCAUGAUGUCAGUCACCAACCUGCAUCAUUGCCAAACAGCUCCAUGACCCUGGGUGUCUCACUCUACCUCAGUUUCUCAUUCCAAAUUAUUGGCACUGCAUUCCUGUAGCAGGGACAGAUACUAUAAUGCAGUACUCAAUGAAAGGAAACACGUACGUCAAUUUUACACUGGGUCUAACAAUAUUGCUGCAAGCUAUUGUUGUGGGAUAUUUUCAUUCAAGGCGCUAUUCCACUUAUGGAAAUCCUGCUUGACUAUGUGUUGACAUCCUGGAGAGGGGAUAAUUAAUUUGUUGAGCAGCGGGGAAAAUAUGAAACUAGUCCAUUAGAUACACUCCAGGCUUCAUUGUCCUCCCAGUCGGCCCCCAAGUAUAUGCAAAUGAAACCUUAGAACACAUUGUAUGCUAAAUAACACUUGUUACAGUUAAAAACCAAACUGUGGAUGGUUAUCUUAAAGAUCCUUAUCAUGAGCUAAUCCCAGUCCAUUUUCUCCAAGAUCAGUUCUCCUCCUACUCAUCUUAAUAAGAUCUGAGAUCUACUGUAACUAACUCAGGUUUAUCAGCAUCUAAAUCAAACUGUUAUACAACCAACUGUUAGGGGCAGUUGGAAUAUUUACUUUCAUGAACUAAUCAAACAGAAUGUCUAUAGAAAUAGGUCCCGCCUCUCGCUAAAUAGUAGAAAGCAGAUUAUUCAGUCAAAGUUCCUAUAGGUCCUAGACUAUAGCCACAUCUUUAUGAACGCAGCUACCACUUCAUUAAAGCCGUUAGAUGCGCACUGCUCUUUAUUACGGGCUUUAUUACAAUUGUAGUACUCAUCACUGCAUUCUCUACCAGAGAGUUGGUUGGCCCUCUUUGACGUCACGUAAAUUGAUGCAUUGCUAUGUUUUCAUUUAUAAAACCCUUUUGUACCACUAUACAAAAUGUACCUCUAUACAGAACAUCAUUACUAAACUUUACACAUAUGAGUUACCACACCAGCUCUCAGGGAUGCCUAACUCUCGAAAAUCCUUUGGUCUCUACUUAGUUAGGUAAAUCAGCUUUAAGUUUUCUUGCACGUUAUUUGUGUGACAGUCUUCAAAAUGUUCUUAAAUGUGAUGAUCUGGUCCCUUUAGGGCAAGUUUAGAAAGCUGAUUGAGGAUCUUAUUACUGAUGAACGUGUUUGUUUUUUAUGACUGUGUUUUUCUUCCAGUUACAUUUAGUAUUUAUAUUGAUGUGUGCAUUUUCUGUAAAAGGGACCUCGGUCUCACUAUGACUCCCUGAUAAAAUAAAGUCUAAACAAAAACAAAUAAAAAUAUAGUUGCAGAUAAUCUUGAACCAAAAAAGAUCAUCACUAUCCCAUCCCCUAAAGUCCUUGACAGGUGACACCAUUGACUUAUGGAAUCUAUAUGUGUCCUACAAUAAGUAAAUAUAAUUUUGAAAGAAUAUCUGUUAAAUAAUUUGCAUACAGGGACAGACCAGGAUAUCUGGUCGCAAUAGGUACACAGUGGAUGUCUACAAGACACAUUUUACUACCAUGUGUAAAUGCAAUGGCGCAGCGGUCUAAGGCACUGCAUCUCAGUGCUUGAGGUGUCACUACAGACACCUUGGUUCGAUUCCAGGCUGUAUCACAACCGCCUGUGAUUGGGAGUCCCAUAGGGCGGCACACAAUUGGUCCAGUGUUGUCCGGGUUUGGCCAGCGUAGGCCGUCAUUGUAAAUAAGAUUUUGUUCUUAACUGACUUGCCUAGUUAAAUAAAGGUUACAAAAUGGCUACAAUAAGGGCACACUCAGAAUGUGGAUAAGAUCAGGAAAAGGGACAUAUGUUAGCACCAGGUAUAAACGGGGCUGUAGAGGACCUACUGUAGCUAUAGCCUGUUUGCAAAUGGAAAGUACUUUCACAUUUCUCCAGAUACAUAUUAGCUGUAACUCUAUGUGAGGUGAAAAACAAAUAACAUGAAAACAAAUAUGUACAGUUUUCUUGCACAGUAUGCUUAACAAAGCGUAACAAAGUGUUGUUUUAGAAAUACCAAGCUAUGAAUAAAAACGGAAUUGCUGAUGUAUGGUUUGAGUUGUUGAGUUCAUUUAUGUGUUAGUCUGUAUUGAAGGAGUGUGGAGGCAAGUGGAUAGCGUCUAGUUAAUUUGUCUAACUGACAUGUUAUGCUGACAAUACAUUAAAAGAGAGUUUGAUUCAGAACUUCUGUGCCUCUCUCAAAGAGACAGCCAACCAACCAAAAACUGUCAGUCAUCUCAGGCUAGCAGACUGUCGACAAGAAGGAAUAUUGUUCCAUUUCUCAGUCCCAAUUUGGAAAACGAGGAGAUUGGAAGUGAAUCUUUCCCCUACGUUUUUUCCCAAGUAGACGUUCCGAUGGCAAUGUGUGCAACAAUACUGUAAGUUGAGUGGUAGCAUCCAGAGGUAAUACCAUGACACAUAUCUAGUGUGAGAAUAAACGUAAAGAAAAAAGCAUGCAGAUACUGUAUGUCCCUUUCUUAUGUGCAAAAGAAAAUCCUAGCUUUGACAGACAUGAAGUCUGCAUGGUAAGUCGUGAACUAUAACCUUCUCAUGCAAGCCCCUGGGGUCUACCAGUUUCUUUCUGCAAGGACUGCACUCCAAUUUAAGUGUGCCUUCAACUUCUGAUUCAGGCAGAUUCCAGCAGAGCCAACCCACUGAGCACAGACUUUCAGUUCAACGUCUAGUUUGGAUUUACAUUUGGUUGAGUUGUCAACUAACAUGACACCAUAUCAUUGGAUUUAGGUUCAAAGUUGGGUGAAAUGCCCUUAAGUUGGUGACCAAAUCCAAUCAGUUUUCCAUGUUUAUUCAAUGUCAUCACAAUUUGAGUUGAAAUGACGUGGAAACAACGUUGAUUCAACCAGUUUUUGCCCAGUGGGAAAGAUCUCGUCUGAUAUUGAUAUGUACUAAGUGAAAAGUUCCAUCCUCUUACAACCAGCAGAUAAAACAUAGGUUCUGUCAUAACGUUGUCAUAAGAAUGGCAUAACACAGUCAAUAUGACAGGUCUCAGGUCACUGAUUGAACUAGCGCAUGCCUUAUGGGCUGAAACCAAAUUUGAGAAACAAGUGCAGAGUUUUGUGCAUGAAUCUCAAGUUAGAACUCAGGCCAAUGUGAUAAAACCAAACAUUCAGACAUUUCUUUCACAUCUCAUUCAAACACAGCAUUUCCAUGUAGUUAGUCACAAAGUACACUUCACUUACAUAUCCUCCACACACCUACCACUAGAGUUGAACUAUAAAUGGAACACUCAAAUUAAAUAGAUUACUGUACAUUACUGUUUUAUGUCUUGAGGUCAUAUACACAACUGUAACCAUCUGAGUCAAAUCAUCUUUAGUUCAGCAAUUCUGUAUUUACACAAUUCCCAUAAACAACUUCAAUGUUCUUGCAAAAAUACAAGUAAUUCGAUCAAAAUUUUCCUUUUUCAAGACGCAUGUAAAAAUCUGUACAGUCCCCCUCCCCCCCAG